AUGUCAAUGGGAAAGAUCGCAAGAAUGAAGCGCCCCAGUGAGGCUGCCCAAGAGCCCGUCUUCGUCAUUGUCGAAGUAGGCGACACCAAGACCAAAUACCACAUCCAUCGCUCGCUACUCGUCGAACACUCCGAUUACUUCAAGAAGGCGUUGAAUGGUCCUUGGAAAGAGGCACAGGAAGGUGUCGUUAAAUUGGAAGACGUUGAGUGCAGCACGUUCAGCAUCUUCGUCGACUGGGUUUACACGCAAACUCUCCCAAAAACCUGCUUAGAGUGGUGUGACGGAAAGCGUGAAGAUUACUCGACACAGAUGGAAGGCAAGGCACAACUUGCACGUACCAAAGCUUUGAUUUUUGGCGAUCGAGUUCUGUCUCCAGCGUUUUACGAAGCAACUCGCGACAGCUUGAUCAACCACCUUAUCAAGAAGAGUACAUUAUACGAGGCUGUGAUCCAUGGCUUCGCUCAUCUCCCCAAGGAUCACGCAAUUCUCGAUCUCUUUGUGGAGAAGCAUUGCCGGGAUUAUGAGGAUGCAGAUGACACGGUUGAAAACGGUGAACUCGUACUUCGAUCUAGUCUUCCACAUGAUUUCCUCAUGCGCGUCAUGAUCCGUUAUAGUCGCUUCAAAAAGGAAGGGGUACCGCAAAAUGACGUCAACCCGUGCGAUUAUCAUGGCCAUGCGAACGAAGAGGAGAAGAAGCAGUGCCAGGCGGAGGUAGAUAAGGACUGA